AAUCAAAAACAAGAAAUUGGUGAAAACGAGCGGACGUACUUAGAGCUAGUGCAGAUACUCGUAUUGCAGUUUGUGAAAAUUAUUUGUCUAAAUUUAUAUGCCAAUUAAUAAAAACAAAAAAGAAAAAAAAAAUCUGUAAUCAUUUGCAACGAAGAAUAAUUAAGCAAGCAAAAAAUCGUUGGUGUCUGUGCAGUGCGCGAGUGCAAGUGUUCGCAGAAAAUACAUCAGAUGCGAGUGGAGUUGGCAGUGCAAAAACGAAUUGUGCAAAAUGUUGGCAUUGUAAAUGGGAGAAAAUCGUAUAUGAAAAAUUAUAAUAAUUUCUGCAUUUUAAGCUGCCUGUUUUAAAUAAAGAAAUAUGCUCAAAUUCUGCUGAAAAUUGUUAUAUGUAAUUUUCUCCAAUUGGGAGCGGUGCAAGUGAAUAGAGAAAAACAAACAAAAAAUUCAGGAAGGGCAGAAGAAGCAGCAUCACGAAAAGCAUUCGUUGCUGAUUUCUUUAUGAUAUUUCUUAUUGGAGAAGAAUUGCUGAUUGGAUAUAUUAUUUCGCAAACAGUGCGUGUGUGUGUGUUUGAGUGAAGAGGAAUUUUAUAUCAAUUGGAAUUGGUGGUUAACGAGUAUUUGGAGUGCUAAACUACAUAUUUUAUAAUAAAUGAAUGAAAAAAUAAAUAAGCAUUGAAAGCAUUGCAAAUGCAUAGCAGCCCGAUUUUCAGUGAGUGCCAGUUUCAAUGAACUGCUUAAUGUCCCAAUCGACAUUCAUUCCAUGCCAGUGAAUUAUAAUUUGUCAACGCGAACUUAAAAGGAAAAGUCAGCAAAACGGCGUUAGACGCGCAUGCACACUUCAAUUUGGUGUUGUUGUUGUUGUUACACAACUUGAACAAAUCAACUUGUGUCAAAGGUCCACAACGGCAACGGCAAAGCCUAAGCCAACGACAACUACAACUACAACAACAGCAGCGACUCUCAAUUCUAGCAUCAUCAACACGGACGCCAUUGUCGUCAUCAGCGCCAGUAAUCUACAAAAACGCUAAUCAUAAUUACAGCCCUGGAAAGCUGAAAGAAGCCAUUCACGAAAUUUAAGUGGUAGCAGCUACUUUCGCUGAAGUUGAUCGCAACAAAGGUUGGCGUUUGGUUGAAAGUAAACACCGCCAUACCAAACUUCACCUACUGGUUUCUCAUCAUUACCAUUUUCCAAUAACGGUGUCCAACGGAGUGCAACAUAGUGGCGGCGGCAAUGACCCUUACCACUGCUACACAACAGGAGAGUAGCAAAAAAAUGGAUACUAAAUGCGCCGCUGAAGAGAACUUGCCAUCAUCGGAAAUGGAUCUUUUGGCCAAAUUAGAGGCGGCUAACAAGCUCAUCGAGAGCGAUGCGAAAAGCCUGAAUUCACUGCAUUCCACGCAUAGCCGCAAGAAUUCGGACACCAGUCAAAUAAGUCUGAAUUCAACUGGCAACUCGAAUGCUGAGGAAGAUAUUUGGACGCAAUGGGCGACUAUACUGAGCGAUUGGGAGGGUGCACUGAAGCGUAAAAAUCCAUGUGUACGCGAUUUGGUGCGUCGUGGCAUACCGCAUCACUUCCGUGCUAUUGUUUGGCAACAACUGUGUGGCGCCUCUGAUACGGAUAAAAAACAAUAUGCCGACUACAUCAAGGCCACCUCGGCCUGCGAGAAGGUCAUUCGACGUGACAUUGCACGCACCUAUCCAGAGGUGGAUUUUUUCAAAGAGAAAGACGGUCCCGGCCAGGAGGCGCUUUUCAAUGUGAUCAAAGCGUAUUCGUUGCACGAUCGUGAAGUGGGCUACUGUCAGGGUUCCGGCUUCAUUGUAGGACUACUUUUGAUGCAGAUGCCUGAAGAAGAGGCUUUCGCUGUGCUCGUGCAAAUUAUGCAGCAACAUCGCAUGCGUGACAUGUUUAAACCUUCAAUGUCGGAGUUGGGUUUGUGUAUGUAUCAACUGGAAAAUUUGGUGCAAGAGCAAAUACCCGAAAUGCAUAUACACUUCCAGCAGCAGGGUUUCCAAACCACUAUGUACGCUUCCAGCUGGUUCCUUACACUUUAUACAACUACACUCAAUCUCAAUCUAAGCUGUCGCAUAAUGGAUGUAUUUCUUAGCGAAGGCAUGGAGUUCAUAUUCAAGGUGGCGCUGGCGUUACUGCUGCUAGGCAAGGAGACAUUGCUGUGCUUAGAUAUGGAGGCAAUGCUGAAGUUCUUCCAAAAAGAGCUGCCCGGACGCGUUGAAGCCGAUCCGGAGGCUUUCUUCAAUUUAGCCUACUCCAUUAAGAUCAACACGAAACGCAUGAAGAAAAUGGAAAAGGAAUAUCAAGACUUGAAGAAAAAGGAACAGGAGGAAAUGGUUGAGUUGCGUCGUUUACGGCGUGAAAAUCGUCUGCUGAAACAGCGCAAUGAGCUGCUAGAGGCUGAGAGCGCUGAACUUGCCGAUCGUCUGGUGCGUGGGCAGGUCUCACGCGCCGAAGAGGAGGAAACAAGUUAUGCUAUACAAACGGAGCUAAUGCAGUUGCGUCGCUCCUAUCUGGAAGUGUCACAUCAGCUGGAAAAUGCCAAUGAGGAAGUGCGUGGCUUGAGUUUGCGUUUACAGGAAAAUAAUAAUUCACGUCAGUCAUCCAUCGAUGAGUUGUGCAUGAAGGAGGAGGCGCUUAAGCAGCGCGAUGAAAUGGUGUCGUGCUUGCUCGAAGAGUUGGUCAAGGUGCGUCAAAGUCUUGCCGAGAGUGAGGAUCAAAUACGUAAUCUCAAGUCGAAAAUCGAAGAGCUCGAAGAGGAUAAAAAGACAUUACGUGAAACUACGCCUGACAAUUCGGUGGCACACUUGCAAGAUGAACUGAUUGCCAGUAAAUUGCGCGAAGCCGAGGCUAGUCUCUCGCUGAAGGAUCUCAAGCAGCGCGUGCAAGAGUUGAGCACCCAAUGGCAACGUCAGCUGCAAGAAAACAAAAAUGAUCACAGCCAGCAACCGGUGGAUUCGACACCAAAAAAAUUGCUAACAAAUUUCUUUGACAAUUCCAAGUCCAACGAGCAUACGCAGCGAUUGGAGGAGGAGUUGAUGACAACGCGCAUACGUGAAAUGGAAACUCUCACCGAGCUGAAGGAGUUGCGCCUAAAGGUUAUGGAACUCGAGACGCAAGUGCAGGUUUCCACAAAUCAACUGCGUCGUCAGGAUGAAGAGAAUAAGAAACUGCGCGAACAGCUGGAGCAGGCUGUCAGUCGCGAAAAGGAGAUGGCCAACAAGGCACGCGAACAGCAGCACAGAUACUCCGAUUUGGAAUCGCGCAUGAAAGAUGAGCUGAUGAAUGUAAAGAUUAAAUUUACUGAGCAAAGUCAGACUGUGGCCGAGCUGAAACAGGAAAUAUCACGAUUGGAAACGAAGAAUUCUGAAAUCCUGGCUGAGGGUGAACUACGUUCCAAUUUGGAUGAAUCUGACAAGGUGCGCGACCUGCAGGAUCGUCUGGCUGAUCUUAAAGCAGAGCUAACCGCCAUUCGGAGUCGUGGCAAAUAUCCAAUCAACAAACUGCGAAGCGCCUCAAUACAAUCGAUCGAAUCCAACGAGAUUGACUUUAAUGAAUUGAAUUUGCGACGAGAGAGUGCCGAAUUAUCAACAACAUAAUACACAAUGCGGCUGAGGAGAACUUCACUCUCUAAGAGACACCAACACACAGUUGGCGUACUGAUAUUUAAUUGAUAUUAGGCGUGUAUCCAAAAUAACAACAAAACAACAAAAAUGCAAACAAACGAGACAAAAAAAGCAAAGUAAACACAAAUAGAGAACAUAACUGCUAUUGUUGAAGAGUAGAAAAUUCCAAAUUAACAAUUAAAUAAAAUAAUUUCUUUUUAGCCUUAAGUAAGUUUAUGCAUGAGAAUUUUACGCUUUGCAGCGAUUAUGUUGUAUCUCCUUUAUUACAUAUUUCUAUUUUGAAUUUUUGCUUGCAUCUUCCAUACCAACAAGUAUAUGUAUGUAUAACUAAUUUAUUGUAGUUUGUUAUAGCGACUAUACCAAUUGAUUAUUAUUAUUAUUGUAUUAUUACUAUUAAUAUAAUUGUAAAUUAAAAAGCAACAUAAUCGAAGUGUGCGUGUGUGUGUGGUGGCUUCGAUGCGCUAACGCUAAAUUUGUGGCGUAAUGUAAUGAAAAAU